AUGUACAUUGACCACCUGGGCUUGUGCGAUGUCGACAUCCACCUUGGACUUAUCGAUGGCGAUGCCGCCGUCGACAAGCCGGUGGGCGCACCUGCGUUCCAGCAGAACGACAACCAGCACAUCGAUAUCGACGAGACAAAUUUGAUCAUAACGAUCGAAGUCAUCGACGACUUACCGUCCAUCUGCGCCACGUGUUCGACGGCGGAACUGAGGCGGGCUCUGGGCCGCAACCCACCGCGCCCGACUGCGCUUGCCCCGGGCCGAUUGCGAGCGGGCCGAGCUACAGGCCGCGGCGCAGACCUGCCAGAACAGCCGAGCUGCCCAGGGGGCCCGCGGCGCGCCGCGCGGCCAGCCGCUGGGCGCCAGCCGCUGGACGAGCAGGGUACCCGCCCGAAGACCUGCGCGCUGGGCGGUGGCGUCGAGCGCCGCUGCGGCAGCCUCGAGCACAGCGUCACUGGCUUGGUCAGGCGCUGGCUGCGCCAGGAACCGCUCACGGAGCAGUGCGUCCCGACGUGGGAUCGGGAGCGCAACCGGCGGCCAAGGGGCCCGCCCGGCGCGGACCUGGUUGGGCGCGCGGUCCUCGAUGUGGAAUGCCACGAGCGGGCCGUCCCGCAUUGGGUCGACGUGUCGGUCCGCCACCCCGCCGCCGACGACGUGGCGCCAGCGGCGGCGCGCCAUGCCGGCGAGGCCGCCCGGCAGAACGGCAGAAACACGCCAGGCUGGCGCUUUUGGAGCUUGACCAUGGAGAGACAGAGCCAGCUGGCCGAACUGAACUGGUCCGGGCGCAGGCCAGCGCCGGGCGACGGGUGGGCGCGCUCCGGGCGGCUGGCCGAGCUGCUGGCGACGCCGACGGGGCUGGGCGCGGCGCGGCGGGCUGGGGGGCGCUGCGUGGGGGCGCUGGAGCAGCUGGCGAGGGCGCCCUUUCCUGGAACACUGCGCGGGGUGCCUGGCGCAAUGGCGGGGGCCGGGCUGGAGGGCGCACUGGCGGGGAGGCCCAGGGCGUGCGACUACGCCAUCGUCGCGCUCGGCGUCGCGCUCCCAGGCGACGCCAGGUAUAGGCCCCCGGCCGGCGCGUCCCACCAUUCUCAAGGCCCCGGACACGAGCGGCUCACGGUGGUUCUCGACCUGGACGAGACGCUGGCGCAUUGCCGCCUGGAGCCCGCCCGGGGCCUGCGGCACGCCUUCGCCGUGGAGUUCGAGGAGACAGGCGCCCGCGGCUUCGUGUACCCGCGACCCUGCGUGGGUCUGUUCCUGGAGGCCGCGGCGCGGCUGUUCGAGGUCGUGGUCUUCACGGCCUCCUCGCAGCGCUACGCCGACCAGGUGCUGGACGGGCUCGACCCCAGUGGCGGGCGCAUCUCCGCCCGGCUGUACCGACACCACUGCACCGAGGUCGGCCACGGCUACUUCAAGGACCUGCGGCGGCUGGGCCGGGCCCUGGACAGGACGGUGCUGGUGGACGACCGAGAGCUGAUGGAGUUGCUGCUGGUGUUGCAGCGCAUUGCCCAGCACGGCUCCGUGCCUGGCUUCCUGAGCAGCCGUUACGGGCUGAGGGCCUUCGUCGAGCGGCUGCGGCGCGAACCUGGGCUGCUCGGCGAGCCACCCGACGGCGGCUGA